AUGAAGGACGUUCUGGAGUACUUGCAACCGCGGCCGGAGAGACCACCGCUGUACAGAGAGGCCAACGCCUCUCAGAGGAUCACGUUCCCAGUAUACGAGCAGGAGGAGACCCACGUCCUGCCCGAGUAUAAGCCUGCCAUCACGGCAAGCACGUUGGUGUUGAGGAAGCUGGAGUUCCUCUCGCCGUAUGACCCUUCGCCCUCGAGAUCAUGGCGUAACCUUGUCAUGGAGCUGAACUCAACGCAGCUGAACUUCUACUCGAUGGAGGAGGUGCCCAUGCUGUCACGCGUGAAGAAGAGCAAGACGAAGAAGCACUAUGAGUUCACCCCUGUGGAGCACGAGCUGUUGACGGAGGCGAUCUCGAGAUCGCCGUCAAAGUACCUCAGCGAGCGUACGCUCGUCAGAUCGUACUCGCUCCAGCAUGCGAAGUUUGGUAUCCCCAUAGAUUACAAGAAGCGCACCUCCUGUCUGAGACUGAGGUGUGAAAGCGAGCAGUUCAUGGUGCAGUUCAUAUCCAUCGACGAGCUGAUCCAGUGGGCAAACAAGCUGUCCAUAGGCAUCAACGUUUCGCUGGACCUGGACUGCCGUGAGAUGCCAACCGACCGUGUUGUGCCUCGCAGACGGCGCUCAAGACGCCAUAAUAACAGACACAGGGCAUUCUCCGAUAGUGAGUUGAUACGGCGUGAGCUUGCUGAACCUAGAACAGCUAGAAGGGCUAGUUUUGCAGGUGGUGAAUCCACCAUAAAGGGCAAAAUCUCGAGAAUGUUUGGGAAAAAGAAGAAGGCACAGGAUCUGAGGGGUGCAAAUAUCGACGAGAUUCGUGGGUUCUUGAACAGUCAAGAGACCAAUACCGAUGAACCCACACACUCCACCAUGGAGGAGGAAGACGAAGAGGAGGAUGAGGAAGAAAUGGUUGCUGGAUUACAGGAAGUUGAAGAAGAAGAUGAGGAGGAUGACGAUGCACACGGUGAUAUCGAUACAAUACGCGAAAUGCGUGAUUCUGAGGAUGAUACCGACUCUCUGCAGGAGAUGUUUGGGGCCUUCACUAUCAACUCUACACCGCACACUGCUACAGAUUCCGCAUCUGCUUCGAGUUCCAGCUCAUCACAUUCCAUGGAUGAAAAAUGGAGACCGGAGCCAAAGACGUAUACACGCCGGAAAUUCCUCAAGGAUUCCAUAAGGUGUAUCAAGCUCUUACAGACAAAAGACUCGUGGGUUGGAAAGCCUUGUGUUGUGCCAUCCAAGCCAAGAAGAUUGCUUUCAAAGUCCUCCUCCCCAUGUUUGGGGAAUAGGCUCAUGGUUGAAUACAUUGUCGGUGCCCAUGGCUUUUGCCAAACUGCUUGA